GCACAAAAAACACACAUAAAACAUCGCAGUCACAAUAGUUUGAUUUCAUUAACAAUUCACAAUUCUCAGAACAACAAAAAACUUCCACACCUACCUCACCGCCAUCAUCAUUGUAAUCAUAACAAUUCAUCUAAAUGAGCAACUCAUUUAAAACUCUCAACAAACAAUUUCCUCUUUUCUCUUUUCAUCAUAAACUCCCUCAUCAUCACUCUCUCUCUUCUUUCUCAUCUUCAUCUAAUUUCUCUUUCCCCAUCUUAUCUCAAUUUCGAACAUACUCAUCAUCUCAAUCUGCUACAAUUAUGGAGGUCUUCAAAGCAAUUGCUAAGCAAGAACUUGCAUCCCAAGGAAAUGUUGCUAUCAAAGCUGAUCAGCAGAGUUAUAGUUACAAGCAGCUCAUUUCGUCAGCACAGAAUAUAUCUGAUCUCUUGUGUGCAAGUAAUGUGAAGGGAAAUCUUGGUGGAGCUCGAAUCGGAAUAGUAGCCAAACCGUCUGCUGAAUUUGUUGCUGGAGUACUUGGUACUUGGUUUAGUGGAGGGGUUGCUGUUCCACUUGCACUCAGUUAUCCAGAAGUAGAGCUUCUCUAUGUGAUGGAUAAUUCGGAUGUGUCUGCAAUACUGAGUACCGAAGAUCAUAUCGAAUUAAUGCAAAGCAUUGCAAAUAAAACCUCUUCUCAGUUUUUUCAUAUUCCACCUGUUCCUAAUAACUCAUCAGAGAAAAGCAGAGAUGAACAUUCACAAAAUGGUGAAAUUGAUGCAGACAGAAUUUUCCUGGAAAACAUUGAAAGUUCAAGCGAAGAUGCGGCGCUGAUUUUGUACACUAGCGGGACGACUGGUAAACCUAAGGGAGUUGUUCAUACACACAGAAGCAUCCUUGCACAGGUCCAAACCUUGAUAAAAGCAUGGGAGUACACAUCUGCAGAUCAAAUUUUGCAUUGUCUACCAUUACAUCAUGUGCAUGGGAUUUUCAAUGGUUUACUUGCCCCUCUCUACGCAGGUUCCACGGUUGAAUUCUUGCCAAAAUUUAGCGUCAGUGGAAUUUGGAAGAGAUGGCGCGAGUCAUAUCCAAAAGAAGGAUCCAAGACCGACGAUGCCAUAACUGUAUUCACCGGAGUUCCAACUAUGUACACCCGAUUAAUACAAGGUUAUCAUGCCAUGGAUCCUGAGAUACAAGCCACUUCAGCAUCCGCUGCAAGGAACUUGCGUCUAAUGAUGUGUGGCUCCUCUGCACUUCCUCAACCUGUUAUGCAAGAAUGGGAAUCCAUCACCGGACAUCGUUUAUUGGAGCGAUAUGGCAUGACUGAAUUUGUCAUGGCAUUGUCGAAUCCGUUGAAAGGUCAGCGCAAAGCAGGCACUGUUGGCAAACCAUUUCCUGGUGUGCAGGUCAAGAUUCUUGCAGACAAGGAUAAUGAGAAUGAAGAAAAUGUAGCUGGUGAGCUUUGUGUUAAAAGCCCUUCAUUGUUUAAACAAUAUUGGAAACUUCCCCAGGUAACGAAGGAAUCAUUCACAGAUGAUGGAUUCUUUAAAACCGGAGAUACAGUCACUACAGAUAAAGACGGAUAUUUCAUCAUUCUAGGACGUACUAAUGCAGAUAUAAUUAAGAGCGGUGGCUAUAAGCUGUCUGCAUUAGAAAUUGAAUCAGUAAUAUUAGAGCAUCCAAUUGUCUCAGAAUGUUGUGUUUUGGGCUUACCAGACAAAGACUACGGAGAAGUUGUUUGUGCGAUUGUCGUGCCAGCGGCAAAGCAGAAUGACAACCCAAAGCCUGCUCUAACCUUAGAAGAGUUAACCACCUGGGCCAAAGAUAAAAUUGCACCUUACAAGAUACCAACUCGACUAAUCGUGUGGGACAAACUCCCUCGCAACGCAAUGGGAAAGAUAAAUAAAAAAGAGAUGAAGAAGCUCCUUGUUUCAGAAUAGUAAAAUACCAUUUGAGCAUUAUUUACUGGUCAAAGUCAAUUUUUUGAAACCAGUUUUAAGAUAGUGAUGAUCUUAAAUUAAAUUGUAGUAAUAAUAAUUAUUUUGAUAGAAGAGAAGCCUUGAUUCUGGCUUUUACUCUAGUACAAUAUAUUUUUGCAUUACAUUCUUCCUUAGUUUAAAUUACAUAAAAAUAGCACAUCACUGAAGUUCAGUGCAGUGCAAGUGGUUGUGUGCAGUGUGUGUGAAUGAAGUAAACUCCAAGAUA